CACUGACAGUUAGCAGUGUUAUUAAAGGCAGAGAGCGGGUGAGCAGAAUAAGAUGAGUACAUUAAGUGGAUUUAUCUGGAAUGGACUUAUGGACUUUAUCUCUUAUCCUCAGAUGACCAAAGAGUUUCUGUUCUAGCUUUUUAACGUGGUUUUAAUUCGAACCUUUUCUGUAAGGAAACUGUUCAGAAUCUCCAGAGAACAUUGAGCUGUUAGGGUUACCCUUACCCCAACCCUUACCCCAACCCUUACCCCAACCCUAACCCAGACUGGUGAGUGAUCGUCUCUAACAUCACUGUUAAUUCUGCUUCACACCAUCAGCACAGGCAUGGAAAUAAAACCAUUCUGAAGAUCCCUCAUGAGAUGGAAUUAUACUUCACGUCUCUGCACUGGAACAGAAACUAAAGCAGCAGGAUAAAAACAUCAGCAUGGAGUUUCAUCACUGAACAAGAGAGAGAGAGAGCUGCAGGAUGGCGAGUGAUGGCUCUGAGCUCUUCUCCCUUCCGAGUCCUGUAGUGCGUCACAUCGAUAAACAUUUCCUGAUGUGUAGCAUCUGUCUGGAUCACUACCACACACCCAAAGUGCUGCCGUGUCUCCACACCUUCUGCCAAAGGUGUCUUCAGAGCUUCGUCCCUGUCCACAGCCUGACUCUUACGUGUCCUAUCUGUCGUCAGACGUCUGUCCUUCCAGAGAAGGGCGUGGCAGCGUUACAAAAUAACUUCUUCAUCACCAACCUGAUGGAGGUGUUGAAGAGACAAGACACAGGACAUGGAGAUGAGAACUUUCUGCUGGACAUCGACACUUUGAGCAGAGAACAACAGCUGUCCUGUUCCAAACACCAAGAAAACGUGGAGUUCUACUGUCCCGUGUGUGAGACAGCUGUGUGUGAGAAGUGCAGCAGUGAAGAUCACAUCCAACACGUGACUGUCCCCCUUGCAGAAGUCCUCCCACAGCACAGAGCUUCGCUGCUGCAGCAGCUAAACUCCAUCAGGAGCAGACUCCCGCAGAUCGACUCAGCACUGCAGACGUUGUCUGACAUCUUGCAGCAGCUGACGAGUCAGAAGAGCUCAGUUGAGGAGAAAAUCCACAGCACCUUCACUGAGCUCCAGAGGAUGUUGGAUGUGCGUAAGAGUGUCCUGCUGAUGGAGGUGGAGGUGAAAUACACCCUCAAGCACAAGGUGCUUCAGACACAGAUGGCGUUGUUGCUGCAGGAGCAGGAGAACAUGCUCAGGGACUGCAGUCUGACAGAACGAGCAUUAAGCAGUGGCUCUGAGGCUGAGGUGCUGCUGGUGGAGAAGCAUCUGAGUGAGCAUCUGAGUGAACUGAUGACUCGUGAACUUCCGCUGCGGCCUGAAGAGAACGGACAUCUGAGCUUCACAGUAGAGACUGAUGGUCUAUGCAGCUCUAUCCACCGUCUAGGUUCCAUUAUCACUGGCAGUGCGGUGGCAGGAGAGACGGUCGCGAGUGGCGAGGGACUGCGGCGCUGUGUGGUAGACCAGCCUACAUUUAUCACUGUCACCUCUAAAGAAAGAGACGGCAGGCUGUGCCAGACAGGGGGCGCUCCUCUAUCAGCUGAGCUGAAUGGUGCAGAUGGUACACUGGUGGGAGAAGGUGAAGUUGUUGACCACAAAGAUGGCACAUAUGACAUACUGUACACUCUGUCAUAUGAGGGACAGUACAUGCUUGCACUUCGCCUGUAUGGGCAGCACAUCCGCGGGAGUCCAUUCAGCAUCCGGGCCACCAGAGACACACAGGAAUCUGAAAACACCAACAGGACCAAGAGGUGGUUGAAGUCACCAGGGAACUCUCACAUCAAACGGCAAGCCAGCAAGCGGCCAGGCAGCGUGUACAGCUCAGCCAGGAGCACGGGGAACGUCGCAGGGGACGACCUCAUCUUCAGAAUCGGGACUAAAGGGAGAAAUAAGGGAGAAUUUGCCAACCUGCAGGGUGUGGCCGCUUCCGACACUGGAAAUGUUUUAAUAGCCGACAGCAACAAUCAGUGUGUUCAGAUAUUUUCUAAUGAUGGCCACUUUAAGAGUCGUUUCGGUGUACGAGGUCGCUCUCCGGGGCAACUUCAACGGCCAACCGGCAUCACCAUCCACCCCAACGGUGACAUCAUCAUUGCUGACUAUGACACCAAAUGGGUCAGCAUUUUCUCCAGUGAUGGUAAAUUUAAGAGUAAAAUCGGCUCGGGAAAGCUGAUGGGUCCUAAAGGUGUGUCUGUGGACAGAAAUGGGAACAUCGUUGUAGUGGAUAAUAAAUCCUGCAGCAUCUUCGUCUUCCAGCCUAACGGCAAACUCAUCCGCAAGUUCGGCACUCGUGGAAAUGGAGACAAACAAUUAGCAGGUCCUCACUUUGCAGCAGUUAAUCAGAAUAAUGAGAUUAUUGUCACUGAUUUCCACAAUCACUCAGUAAAGGUGUUUACUGAAGAGGGAGAGUUCCUGAUGAAGUUUGGCUGUAAUGGUGAGGGGAAUGGUCAGUUUAACGCCCCCACCGGAGUCGCGGUAGAUUUAAAUGGAAAUAUCAUCGUAGCAGAUUGGGGAAACAGCCGGAUACAGGGUCUCGCCAUCACCUCUGACUCUCACAUCCUUGUAGCCGAUUCAGGAAACCACUGCUUUAAAGUUUACCACUGCCUCCAUUGACCAUCGUCAUCCCAUCGUCAUCCCAUCCUCAUCAUCUUUCUGAGCUUGACCCAAGAGCACUGUUACUUUUCUAAAGUUUUCAGCAUGACUAACCAGCUGAAGACCUCAGUAAUAAAAUGGACUACAUAUAAACACUGAGACAACUAAACAAAGUAAAAACAAAGUGUUUACAUUUAUUUUAAAUUAUUUUUAUUUUAAGAUCUGGAUUUAUGAUCCAAACAUUUUACAAUCUCAGCUGCACACGCAGUCUUUUCUCAUUGUUCUUAGUAACAAUUUAAUGAACCUGCUCCUGCGUCACACUGAUUGCCCCGAUUAUUAAAUUAUUUAAAAUCC